AUACCUACCUCAUAGUGUAGUUGCAGAGCCCUAGGGAUGUGAUGUGUGUAACCUUAAAUAUCAGAUUAUGUUUUUGCUGUUAUUGUUAACAAGGAUGAGGCCCCACACUCAGAAUUUGCCUGCCUCACACCCUGGGAGAUGAGUUUGUAAAUGCCACAGAAGUGGAAGCAGCAUGUGCUCUAACCCUCUGUGCUCAGGCUAACAGGAAGCCCCCUGUAGAGGUCCGCCUGUGAACAGAUACAGAUGAUGCCAGAACUAUGACAGGGCCGGCAGGCGUGGCACUGAGGGGUGAUCAACCAUGGAGCAGCUACAAAAGGAAGUACCUGAGAUCAGGGAAAAGGAGGAGAAAAAGGAAGUGGCAGUGGCAGAAGGAGCUCCAGACCAAAGUGAGGGACAGGAGAGUUCACUUCCUUCCAGCAGCUAUUCAGACCUCUCUCAGAGCUCCUCGCCUUCUCUGUCGGAUCAACUCCAGAUGGGCUGUGAUGGAGCUUCCUCCGGGAGUCUUAACAUGGAAUGCCGGGUCUGUGGGGACAAGGCGUCGGGGUUCCACUAUGGCGUUCACGCGUGUGAGGGCUGCAAGGGCUUCUUCCGCAGGACCAUCCGCAUGAAGCUCGAGUAUGAGAAAUGUGACCGGAGUUGCAAGGUCCAGAAGAAGAAUCGCAACAAGUGUCAGCACUGCCGCUUUCAGAAAUGUCUGUCACUGGGCAUGUCUCACAAUGCAAUUCGCUUUGGCCGGAUGCCAGAGGCAGAAAAGAGGAAGCUGGUAGAGGGACUGACCGCAAGUGAGGUGAGCGGGCAAAAUCCGCAAGGAGCCGACCUGAAGGCUUUCUCCAAGCACAUCUACAAUGCCUACCUGAAAAACUUCAACAUGACCAAAAAGAGGGCCCGGGGAAUCUUGACCGGCAAGGCCAGCAGCACACCCCCCUUUGUGAUCCACGACAUGGACACGCUGUGGCAGGCAGAGCAGGGACUGGUCUGGAAGCAGCUGGUGAACGGGCUCCCCCAGUACAAGGAGUUGAGCGUGCACGUCUUCUACCGCUGCCAGUGCACCACAGUGGAAACAGUGCGCGAGAUCACCGAGUUCGCCAAGAGCAUCCCCAGCUUCGUCAGCCUCUUCCUGAACGACCAGGUGACCCUGCUCAAGUAUGGCGUCCACGAGGCCAUCUUUGCCAUGCUGGCCUCCUUCAUGAACAAGGAUGGGCUCCUGGUAGCUAACGGCAAUGGCUUUGUGACCCGUGAGUUUCUGCGGAGUCUUCGCAAACCCUUCAGUGAGAUCAUUGAGCCCAAGUUUGAAUUUGCUGUCAAGUUCAACGCCCUGGAGCUAGAUGACAGUGACUUGGCCCUUUUCAUCGCUGCCAUCAUCCUCUGUGGAGAUCGCCCUGGCCUCGUGAAUGUCAAGCAAGUGGAGGAGAUCCAAGACAGCAUCCUGAGGGCCCUGGAGUUCCACCUACAAGCCAACCACCCUGAUGCACAGUACCUCUUCCCCAAGCUGCUGCAGAAAAUGGCUGACCUAAGGCAGCUGGUGACAGAGCAUGCCCAGAUGAUGCAGAAACUCAAAAAAACUGAAACAGAGACUCCACUGCAUCCACUGCUGCAGGAGAUCUAUAAGGACAUGUACUGAAGCCCUGAGACAGAAGAGCUGCCCAGGGUGGUCUAGGCCACGUGUGAACUAUCCAGGUACUAGAUACCCUGGUGCUGAAGGACGCAUGGUGGGCAGGCCUGAAGAAGCACUGUCCGCAUCCCAGUUCCGUUGACUCUCUCCUCUUAUCCUUCUUUUUCUCUGUCUCUCAGAACCAGGUUUGUAUUACUUCACCAGCAGAAACUAGAACAGGCCUCUACUUUUUUCCAUUUGCUGGAUGAGGCCUGUCUGUUCCCUCCAUUCUACUGGGACAGAAAGGUGGAGGAGGUGCCAAGCUUCUCAGGCUCUCAUUUUCAUAGUGUCAGACUUGUGUGUGAGACAUCCCAAAGAAACACUAAGCUGGCCUCCUGUGCCCCUUCCAGCCUUUAGUGCUUGACAAGAUUCCAUUCCCCUUUGGAACUCAACUACACCAUCCCUCAGCUGUCUCCAGCUUUCUCUCCAGUUCUCUUGGGAAGUUAGUGGAUGAGGUUAGGCAUGGUGACUCUUAGGAAAUGGGAGGAAUAUGCAGACCAGAAGAAGGGCACCUGGCAGAGACCCACAUGACCUCCCUUCACUGCCUUGGACUUUGUGAAUAAUAAUGAUGCCUAGUAUCAUUUCCGUUCUUGUAACUGGUCAUCCAUGUUGGUGUUCCCUGCAGCCUCUGGUGCUGACUGACCUAGGGGGCUGGACAGUAAUAUUUCCCCUUCACCCUGAUGUCCAAGAGGAUGGUGGAUAGGCAUCUCUGGGAGCGGCAAGUCCCAGGGUGUUUGGGGAGGGCUGAAGGGAGAGCCAUAGUUCUGCCUAGAGCAGGCCUUAGGGCUCAUUUCAUUCUAUGAGGGCUGAGAGUCCCAAGACAGGAGACUAGGCCAGGCCUUCUCCCUCCCGCCAUGAUGGUUGGUGGGAUAUGGCCAUGCACCCUCCUUCCCCACAUUUCAUUACUAAGUCUUAGCACACACUACCCUGCCCAGACUCCGUCACCAGUAUCUAGAUGUCUUGAACCAAUGUUGACCUUAACCUCCCCCCUUCCUCCUAGGGUAUGGAGAAUCUGGUGCUGCUACCAAGUCCUAACACUCCCAAGAGCCACCAUGCUGGCACCUACCAUAAGCACUGAGUUCACUUUAAUCACAGGUUCUGUCCCUUUCCCCUAAACAGGACAGGGCUUCAGGGGCCACACAGGGCUCCAGGGCUGUUAGACUAGGUGAGCUGCGUUCCCUCUUCUUGAAAGGUUUUAAACAAGAAAUUCCAAGUGAACAGGGCAUCUCUGUUGACUCAGCAGCAGCCCAGCAGCUGAUCACAGAGGUUCAGCUGAAAGAUGUAGUGAGCGGGGAUGGAAGCAAAAUAUUUAAUUUUGUGUAAUCUUCCAUAGCCUAUAGUGGACCUAUCCCUUUUCCUCCAAGCAUCCCCCCCCCACCUGUCUCCCCCAGCAGCCCACUGCCCUGCUGGGCCCUGAGGAGGUCAGACAGGCUGAUCUGGCCCAGCUUAGCAUCUAGGUGCUUCCUCCUGCCUGACGUGUCCCUCACACUCCCCACCAUCAGGAGAGAGGUCCAGGCCAUUUUUUUUUUAAGUUGUAGCUUCUCUCCUUUGAGGUAGGCCCUAAGGUCUGGGGCACAGACUAGGAAUAUUCCUGGGAACUCAUAACUAAGAGAAACAGCAAACCAUCUGCUCCAGGUCUUAGAGGGGGACAGUGAUUUGCCUUGGGUCAUACUGGCAGAACUAGCACUGGAACCCAGUGCAGGGGUAUCAAAGCUGGGCUCCGACAGCUUAGAAGACAGGUGGGAGCACUGGAGGUGGGCCUUUCAGGCUGCUGGCAGCCUUGGGUUAAUGGGGGGCGGGGGGGGAUGAAAAGAGGAAGAAGAAAGGAAAUCCAGCUACUUUACCCUGUCCCUACUCCUUGGGCUUUUUUGGGGGGAGAGGGCCGAGGAGGAAGAACUAGACCACCCCAUCCCUUCCUUAUCCUGUCUUCUCCAAGUCUGCCCCUGGUUUGGUAUUGGGUCAGAAGUUCCUGAGGCAGGACCUCCAGCCACCCCACCCCCACCCCUCUCUGCUGGGGCAGGCGCCCUGGAACAGCUUUGCACACUCCUUGGUGGGGCCCUGCCCCUGCCUGAUGCUGUGAAGGAAGACACUGUGCCUGACCAUUCCACUUUUUCCUCCCCCUGCCACCACCAUGCAGAUGCUCAAAGCUGCCGCUCCCCCCGUGUCAUAACAAUCUCCAAAACUGAAAUGUAUAUUUUUGCUAGGAGCCCCAGCUUCCUUUGUUUUUAAUAUAAAAAUAGUGUACACAGAUUGAUGAAACUCUAAAUAAAUGAGAAUUAAAUAUA